AUGUGUCCCAGUCUGAACGUCCGCUUUACCUACAGGUAUUCGAUCGACUGGAAGAGCGACUUGGAUAGUUACUUCGACAUCGAUCCGGUGGAAGGGACAAUCUCAACCAAUGAACUUCUGGACCGAGAAAACAUCGCCCAGCACAACAUCUCUGUAGUGGCAACCAAACUCACACUAGUGUUUGGUGUAAAGUUUAUGGUGACGAUAAAGCGGCGUCUGGAGAAGGAGCUAUCUUCAGGACAGUCUCAUAUAGCCGCUGUGCCGCUGAUCUCGCCCUCAGACCCUGACUCCACUUUUCUGCAGAGAGAUGACUGCAGAGUCGUGGCAGAGAUAAACCGCGUGACCUUUAGUUUUGGGCCCAUCAGCGGAGUGAAGGUCGCACACAGGUCAGGCCUGAUCCGGUCCCAGAGGAACCAGGGGGAUCCGGGGAACUUCCCACCUCCACAUGAGCCCCGGACGAACCGCAAAUCCACGGGCACAAUCCAAGGGCACGGUCCAUGGGCUCGGUUCAUGGGCUCGGUCCAUGGGCACGGUCCAAGGGCACGGUCUAUGGGCACGGUCCAAGGGCACGGCCCAAGGGCACGGUCUAUGGGCACGGUCCAAGGGCACGGUCCAUGGGCACGGUCCAUGGGCACGGUCUAUGGGCACGGUCCAAGGGCACGGUCCAUGGGCACGGUCCAUGGGCACGGUCUAUGGGCACGGUCCAAGGGCACGGCCCAAGGGCACGGUCCAUGGGCACGGUCCACGAGCAAGGUCUAUGGGCACAGUCCAUGGGCACGGCCCAAGGGCACAGUCUAUGGGCACAGUCCAUGGGCACGGUCCAAGGGCACGGCCCAAGGGCACAGUCCAUGGGCACAGUCCACGAGCACGGUCCAAGGGCACGGCCCAAGGGCACAGUCCAUGGGCACAGUCCACGAGCACGGUCCAAGGGCACGGCCCAAGGGCACAGUCCAUGGGCACAGUCCACGAGCACGGUCCAAGGGCACGGCCCAAGGGCACAGUCCAUGGGCACAGUCCACGAGCACGGUCCAAGGGCACGGCCCAAGGGCACAGUCCAUGGGCACAGUCCACGAGCACGAUCCAAGGGCACGGCCCAAGGGCACGAUCCACGGCACGGUCCACGGGCACGGUCCACGGGCACGAUCCACGGGCACGGUCCACGGGCACGAUCCACGGGCACAGUCCACGGGCACGAUCCAUGGGCACAGUCUCACAGCUUUGAAAACCUACAGUAAUAGUUCAGGUUGUUUUUCCAGGGAUAUGUUUAGGCCCCGCCCACACUGA